AUGUUAUUUAAAAGAUUUUUUACUCAAACUGUCACUAAAUCAAUUAAAUUUUCAAUUCCAAAACAAGUUCAACCUUCAACAACUGCAAUUAAACAACAAUCACAAGUUAAAUGGCAACCUACUAAUGGUAAUUCAUUUAGAUCAUUUGCUGAAUAUAGAUUAAAAGUAUCUAAUCAAAGUCCAUUAGCUGUUCGUUCAAAAGAUUUUAAUUUAAGUUUAAGACAUACAUAA